AUGGUCGGAAUCGGUGGAGGUGUACCCAGCCAGGUCCCCACCAUCCGACUCGGUGACGUGAUCGUGAGCAUGCCAGAAGGUAUGCAUGGGGGAGUGGUGCAGUAUGAUCUGGGAAAGCUGGAGUCCGAUGGUUUUCGUCGCAAGGGGCAUUUGGACAAGCCUCCGAAAGCUCUCCUAGGCGCAGUGACGAUGGCGACAAAAUACGGCUUCCAAGGGACACAGCAUGACCGGUUAUUUGGUCCGGAAGAGAUCCAUCCUAAAGACCGUCAAACCUGCGACCACUGCGUGUCAAGUCUCCGGAUAAUCCAGCGUACCGACCGCGACGACAACACACCUCAAGUCUUCUAUGGCACUAUCUUGUCAGGGGACCUGGUGAUGAAGAAUGGAGAAGAAAGAGACAGAAGAGCAGCAGAGGAUAGGGCCGUGUGUUUCGAGAUGGAGGCGGCAGGCUUGAUGAACGACUUUCCUUGCUUGGUGGUCAGAGGCAUCUCGGACUAUUCGGACUCGCACAAAAACGACAGAUGGCAGCCGUAUGCGGCGGCGACGGCGGCAGCAUACGCGAAAGAGCUUUUAGGUGCUUUGAGUGUGCAGGAAGUCGAGAAGCUCGGGCCUGCGAACAAGCAUAUAGUCCCUUUCAGCUUGAAGGGUGUACCCGCCAUCGAUCACUUUGUGCAACGAGUCAGUGAUAUGCAAGAACUGGAGGAACAUUUCUUCCCUCAGCAACCUCAUCUCGCUCGUCGCAAGAUGUUUGUCGUUCAUGGCCUUGGUGGCAUUGGCAAGACGCAGCUUUGCAUCGAAUUUGUCCGGCGAUACCAGGAAAAGUAUAGUGCAGUGUUGUGGCUCGAUGGAUCGUCAGAAGAUGCUCUGCAACGAUCGUUUAUCGAAGUCGUUGCAAGGCUUCCUGCUGUACGAGGUGUAAUGGACUGGCUAUCCCUGCCGUCUAACCGGCAAUGGCUUCUUGUCAUCGACAACGUUGACCGUGACCACACGACCAAAGAAAAAGAUCCCCUGGCUUAUGAUGUCAAACAGUAUUUCCCCACAGCAGACCAUGGUAACAUCCUUAUCACAAGCAGGCUAUCGACGCUAACGGCGCCCCGAAGUAGCCUGCGCCUUACCAGGGUUGAUCGUGAACAAGGUCGAGCCAUUCUAGAAGCUACGGGGGGAGAAAUAAUAUCAGCGCAAGACAAGAGCAGCGUAGACGCACUCUUGGAGAAGCUAGGAGGCCUUCCUCUCGCUCUGACACAAGCCGGAGCUUAUAUCAGCCAGACAGCUGUGAGAAUCACUCAGUAUCUUGAGUAUUAUGACAGCACGUGGAAAGAUCUGAUGGAACGGCAAGACGAGUAUCCGCUGCAAGAAUAUGCACAACGAAGUGUGCUGACGACCUGGAAAAUAUCUUACGAGCAGGUGAAGAACCAGAGCGAGGCAGCCAGUAACCUGUUGCAACUCUGGAGUUUCCUCUAUGCUGGCGAUCUCUGGUAUGAGCUUGUUACUUGUACUGAGAGGCUUGACUCAAAGACUAUUGUGCCGAACUGGUUAACAGUGCUGGCACAGGACAAGCUAGACUUUGACCGCGCUCUGGCGCUGCUCAUCAAGUACUCGCUAGUGGAGGGCAGAGCAGAGACAGCUAGCUACGCCAUGCAUUCCGUUCUACACUCUUGGUGCCGUUAUUCGGCGAGGAACGAGGCGGAGAGAAACUCAUGCCAGAAGUUGGCGAUGGACAUUCUAGCUGGCAUGUUCGCAGAUCAAAUCCGAUAUACAGAAGCAGAAGAAAUCUACAGGCGAGCGCUAGCCAUGAAGGAAAAGAUAUACGGAUCCAAACACACGUCUACACUCGGUACAGUUCACGAACUAGGCAGUGUCUAUCGCGAACAAGGCAGGCUCGCAGAAGCAGAAGAGAUGUGCGAGCGCGCACUAGCCGGGAAGGAGAAGGCACUCGGGUCCGAGCACGCGUCUACGCUGAACACAGUCAACAACCUAGGCAGUGUUUACCGCGACCAAGGCAGGCUCGCAGAAGCAGAAGAGAUGUAUGAGCGAGCACUCGCCGGGUAUGAGAAGGCACUCGGGUCCGAGCACAAGUCUACGCUGAACACAGUCAACAACCUAGGUAAUCUUUACACUGACCAAGGCAGGCUCGCAGAAGCAGAGGCGAUUCUUGUCUUCUUUACGACUUGUCCUAAACACUGCUUCUUCACUACCCUCGCUGCUAUGUCUUGA